GAAGAAAGGAGGGCGACGGGGCAAAGAGGAAAGGGGAUAAAAAACGGAGCAGCAGGCGAGAACAGAGAGAGAAGAAGGAGAAAGCUUUUUGGAGAAUCCGUCCAGAGGCUUGUCGGCGUGUGUGUCCUGUUGAACUUCGAUUCGAGACCUAUCAGUACGCGCGCGUUUUUUACUGGUCCCUGGAGAGCUUCGCUGCCGGGCUCCCCUUCGAUGGUUUCGCAGUCGCCGCUGAAGAAAACGAAUUUGCUGGAACAGCGAAAGGAAGGAAAGGCGGUGGGAGUCAAAAACUUUCAAAAUCUCCCCGCCCCCUUUGCAUCUGAAAAGCCAAACGCUCGCCGCAGCCUGCCUUCCCGCCAUUCAAGACCAUCCGGCUGCUGGGCCAUGGUGGUGGCGCCUCGGGGCAACGAAGAUUGCGUUUUUGACAUAUUUUUCAGUUGCUCAGGCAUCGACGAGUCUCCUGCUGUUUGUACAAUGUUCGCGUUCUUUAAAAACUUGGGGUCUUUGCUCGGAAAGCUCCUCAGCUCCCCCAGAACUAGCUCGCGCAAGCUCUCCUGACAUCGCAGCCAGCUCAGAGCCCAGCGGGCACCCGAGCCAGGCGAGAAGAAUAGAGUCGCCAGUUCCACUACUCUUCUCUUCUUUUUAUGACUUGGUCCCGCUGCAGUCGAGUCCCUCCCGCUCUGCUCGGUCUCCGGCUGCUCUUCUUUUUCUUCUCGCGUUCGUUCCGCGACUCCGUCCCGCUCUCCCCUCUCGGCUUUCUCCUCCUUUCUGCUUCUUUCUUCUUCUUCCGCUUCAUUUUUGCCUCUCUCUGCGGUCCUUCUUCUACACUCCUGUGUUGCUUUCUCUUUCCUUCUCUGCCCUCCUCUCCACGCUCCCUCUUCUCGUUUUCGGCCUUCUUCGUCUCUCGUUGCCUCGAUCCGGCUCUUCCCCUCCGCCGCCUUUCCUCGUCGCGCGGUUGCCGUCUGCUUUCUCGAGAUGGCGUUGCUUUUUGACCCCUCGGACAUGCCUCCGACGGGGCGGCUGGUGUCCGUGGGCGCAGAAGGCUUGGAGGAGUGUGCCGGUGUACAGACAGUGCUUUCUCUGCAGUCAGCCGCGCGCUUGAAUCGGCAGUUGAAGCCGAGCAAGUCGGGUGAGGACCUCUUCUGGACGACAGAUGUGACGAAGGAGCUCCCGAUUCGCGUCGCGGAGUCCGGACCUGCCUCGCUGCCUCCGCUGACGGUCGUCGACUUCUUUGCAGACACCGUGAGGCGUUUUCCAGACUCUCCAGCUCUCGCUUUUCAGCCUCACGCCUCGCCGCGCAUUCUGUCGCGCGACGCUGUCUCUCUCCAGAGAGCGCGCGCCGCGAAGGAGACGCUUGAGGCAUCUGGAAGUCGAGACGGCGCCUCGAAAACCUCGCAGGAGGCUGGCGGGGCCUCGCCGCAGCAUCCCCCGCGGUGCGCGGAUUCGGAGACUCCAGGAAACUCCGACCGGUUACACGUCGAGAAAGACGACGGCGGAUCCAUGUUGACUUCCCUAUUGCCGCGAAAGAGCCUCGACGCCUCCGCUCCCCCCUCGUACGUCGAGGGACCUUUCCCCGGCUGGUGUAUGUACACCUGGCAGGGGUACUGGAACGACAUUUGCAUGUUUGCGAAAGGUCUCCUGUACCUCGGGUGCGACAGAAGAUCUCGCGUCGCGAUCAUGGGAUGCAACAGCCCUGCUUGGGCGAUCGCCUACUUCGGCGCGAUCUUCGUCGACGGCGUCGCGGUCGGAGUCUACACGACGAACUCCGUGGAGGCGACGGCACACGUCGUGGAACACUCGCGGUGUCGCGUAGCGGUUGUCGACUCGCUCGCAAACAUGGAGAAGCUUUUGCAGGUGAAGAAGCGGCAACAGGAGGCUCGCGAGGCGCGGCUGCAGCGUGCAGUUGACGCGGUGGAAGGGCGUCCGUCGACGGGGCCGCAGGCCGCAGCACAGGCCGCAAAACAGGAGUGCAAAAAGAGUCGCGAAAACGGCGACGCAGAGCGGUUGCGUCUCUCUCCGGAGCUGAAGAAGCGGCGAACGUUGGCGGCGAGGUCUCCUCUGGACGGCGGUCGGUCGCAGGAGGUGUCGUCUUCGGAGGCUUCUCUCGCGGAGGAAGAGCGCGGCGGUGCCUCGCGGUCCGAGGCGCUGGCGGAGGCGUUUCUGGAAGAAGAGCAAGGCGCCUGCGACGUUUUGCAGAUGAUUGUGGUGUACAGGGACCGGGUGCCGGACGGCUACGAAGACGACGGAGUGAUUUCCUUCGAGGACUUUCUGCAACUCGGGACCGCGGUGAACGACGCUCUGUUGACGGCGCGCAUGGAGAGUCAGAAGCCGGGCGAGUGUUGCUCCCUCGUCUACACGAGCGGCACGACAGGCUUCCCGAAAGGCGUCAUGCUCUCGCACGACAACUUCACCUGGACGGCAGCUUGCUCCUCUCACAUGAUGAAGAUCGAUCACACGCACCGGCUCGUCUCUUUCCUCCCUCUCUCACAUGUCGCCGCUCAACUCGUCGACCUCUACAUGCCUGUGACCAUGGGGUGCUGCGUCUACUUUGCGCGACCGGACGCUCUCCAGGGAUCUCUCAUCGACACCGUGAAGCGCGUCCGGCCGACUUGGUUCCUCGCCGUUCCGCGCGUCUGGGAGAAGAUUGAACAGAAACUCAAGGAAGUCGCGGCUGCCCGGGGCGCCGGCUUCAAAAACCGCCUCGCCGCCUGGGCCAAAGACGUCGGCUUCAGAGGCACCGAGGCCCUCCUCAACGGCCAGUCCCACGAUGUCCCCACCGCUUUCCCUUUCGUCAUGAAACUCAUUCUCCACCAGGUUCGGAAGGCCCUGGGGAUGGAGCUUUGUUUGGGUCUAGGAAGUUGCGCUGCGCCGCUGGAUCCGGAGACACAGAAGUACUUCAUGAGCCUGGGGAUGCCGAUCAACUCCAUUUACGGCUUGAGCGAGAGCACAGGACCGCAGACGUUCAUCCUUCCUGCCCCUGGCUGGUACAAAGUGGGGAGCAUUGGCCAUGCGAUGCCGGGGACAGACAUGUACGUUGCGAACGAGAACGCAGAAGGCCAUGGAGAGAUUUGCUUUCGCGGAAGAAACAUUUUCAUGGGAUACUACAAAGACGAGAAGUCGACGCGAGGCACGCUCGACGAGAACGGCUUUCUGCACACUGGCGACCUCGGAUACGUGGACUCCGACGGUUUCGUCUACCUCACUGGCCGCAUCAAGGAGUUGAUCAUCACGGCGGGAGGCGAGAACGUCGCGCCGCUCCUCAUCGAAAGCUUGCUGAAACAGGAAAUGCCUCAAGUUCUCUCCAACUGCAUGGUUGUCGGCGACAAGCGCAAGUUUCUCGGCGUCCUCAUCUGUCUGUACACCGCGAAGGACAAGAACGACAACCCCACAGAGGUCCUCGCCCCCGAGCUCGUGCGCUUCUUCUCAAAGAACGGGAUACAGGUGCAAACAACUCAGGAAGCGAUGAACAGCGUCGGAGUCAAUCAACUCAUUCGAGAAGCCAUUGAACGUGCAAACAUAAAAACCAUCUCCAGGGCGCAGUCCGUACAGGGUUGGCGCGUCUUGCCGACAGACUUUGCAAUCGACACGGGCGAGUUGACGGCGACGAUGAAGCUGCGCAGGAAGUUUGUCGAGAAGAAAUACGAGGAGUUCGUGGAAGACAUGUAUCGCUCUCCCCUGCCUUCUUGCCUCGCGUCCCCUCAGCAUGAGAAAACCGUUGCUGCGCUGCAGGCAAAGCUGUGAAACUCAAGAAGAAAGAAGCUGAACGACGAAUUUCAGAAGCUGCGGAAGGAUGCGGUGCCCCCCCUGGCAAAAGGGAGAAGAACAUCUCUGCAGCGGUCAAGGUUGAUCUUUUUUCCUUCAUCACAUUUCCUUGUUGUGCGGUGACGAAGGAUCACACGAGGGGACCAGAGCGAGGACUGAAGCUGCGAGAAGAGAACAUCGAAGAGAGUCUUGCGGUGGACAGAAGCCAUCGAAAGACCUCUGGAACGAGAGUGACUGUCUUUUUCGUUUUUCCGGUAUCCUCCCCGGCGGUCGAUGUACCGCUAGAGAAGCGAGUCGCGUCUAGGUUGUUGCGUCCUUUCUCGUUUGUUCUGUCCCUCUCUGUCUAUUCUUUUGUGUUUUGCGCGUUUUCUUUACCUUUUUUCUCUCUUUCUUUACCUCCUCUCCUUCUGUGUCAUUACCGCGCUUUCUCUUCUUUUUUCCCUCGCGCGCGUUCUGUUCCUCUCUUCGGCGUUCUUUAUCCUUUUGAAAAGUGCAGAGAAGCGAACGCAGAGCCGCUCGCUUGCACUCUGGCGCGGGUCGCCGAUUUCAUGAGACGCCGAAAUUCGCGAAAAGAGCCGAGUUCAGAACUGCAUGCAGAAGCAGACUCUUCGUCCCAGUCACAUGCGAGGAGGUCUUUCUUCGAGUCUCCACACACCUGCCGCCGCGAACGAGGUCUCUGUCCACUUCUUCGUCAAUUCGCGUCUGUCCAUCUUUUUCGAGUGAGUGUUCGCGCUUCUUUUUCGGCGACAUGCGUGCAAUGACUGCAUGCAGAGGCGCUUGUUGAAUGCGCCGCGGGUGCCAAGUUCGUCGCUGUUUUUAAAAGGCGCGAGAGGCUUUUUUUGAGUGAUCUGUGCGUUCCUCGUCUCUCGUUUUUUAUAGUCGUCGUUCGCGUGCUCGGAAAGGCAACUCUCUGUCGACAAGAGCCAGAGGGGAGAAACGCGUUUCGCAGAGACCAUACACAGAGGGCGGAGUCUCCUCGUCGUCUCCUUCCCCUCUUUUUGCACGAACCUCGGGGAAGAGAAGCUCGCCAGGACGAACCUGCGGGUUUGGGGAUCUCGGCGUCUCUGGGGGCAAGAGACGCCUCGAUCAGCGGAACCUUCCUCGUCAUUCGAACUGCCAACAUCACCUGCUUCUGUUCCAGAUAUUCAGAGUCCCCACAUUGCCCGUUGCUCCUCUCUUUUUGCUGGUGCGCUUUCCCUUGUUCUGAAGAGAAAGAAAGCCGAUCGAAUAGCGCGCGCAGAUGCGCUCUCCACGUCCUUCCUCGCCAGUCAACGCAGAAGGCGGUCUCCACACUUCGCUGUAGACCCUGGGCCUUUACCGCGCGCCGUUGGUUUUUUCAAGUCGACCUCUUUGUGUGUUCGUUCUCCACCUCCAUGCAUAUAUAUAUAUAUAUAUAUAUAUAUAUAUAUAUGCAUGUAUGCGUAUGCAUGUAUAUAUGCAUAUCUGUGUAUGUGGACGUGUACAUGCAUGUCUGUUUGUGUGCGAAGGACUGACGCAGCGCUUUUUUCCUUCACUUUC